AUGACCCUCGGCCCUCAAUGCUGGCGCUGCCGCAAAAAGCGCCUCCGAUGCGACUCCUCCGUCCCCGCAUGCCGGAAAUGCAUCAUCGCACACACAGAGUGCCCGGGCUACGGCGAAAAGAGGCCCAUCGCCUUCCGAGACCCCCUCGUCCUGACGCAAAAGGGUGUUGUCGUCCGGACACGGAGCAGCAGCACCACCGGUAGCACUAGCCCACCGGCGUCGGUCCUUGGCAUCGUAUGCCGAUCGCCGAGAACGGCUGGAUCCGUGAUGGAGUUGAGGAUUGCGGCUGAUGCCAUGGAGUACUAUAAUCACCACGUAGCACCAGACCUAGUCCCCUACUCAACAUCAACAUCACCAUACCAAAUCUCCCCCAACCAAAUAGCCUCACUCGCCUCCUACCUCCGCAAUACAUACAUCUCAAUCGCAGCCCUCCAUAGACACAUCAGCGGGCAGCCCUCAUCGUCAUCAUCAAGUAUCUUAUCCAGACUAUCAACUAAUAACAAGACUCUCGCUACCUCCGCAUUCCGCUCUUCCAUCAGACCAAAUGCAUCCGCACCAGGCGAUAGAUCCGAACUAUCCAGACUCAUGGCAGCAGGCGACUUCAAGAGCGUCCACUUUGCAUCACAAGCAGCCGCCUUACAAGCCCUAGGCCAAGAACUCUGCGCAUAUCACCAACCUCACAGGAACGACUCAACAAACAACACCGAAGAUCCGGGGCCCAGUAUCCUCCUCGGCAUCAUGGUGAUGCUCACAUCCCAGAUCCAAUUCUCCGCCUACGCCCCCUGGCAAUCCCACAUCACCGGCGCCUGGAGCAUAAUCCUCACCCACGGCCCCUUCGCCGCCGUCGCAAAAUCAGACCCAGAACUCUGCCGCCUCCUCCAGCAAUUCGCAAUCUUUGAUAUAUUUGGCACGUCCACCCACGGCGCCAUCAACAAAACCAUCACCACCAGCAGCAGCAACUUCUCACUACCAUCAGUCCACGUCGUCAGCACGAUCCUCGCAAGACAAGAAUCCUAUGAAGCAAUCUUUCAAGAAGACUCUGAUACCAACGCCCGGAACCCAUGGAGGCUGGUUCCCAACGACCUGGCUACGAUCCUGAUCCGUAUCAACGGACUACGGGCGCGGAGGGCACUCUACCCAGAGACGGCGAAGCAUCUCCCCGAAAGCCUGGCUGCUGUGUUGGACUAUCUUGAUACCUCACCGCCAGAGAAAUGGGCCGCAGAGAUCUCGGCGACCGCACAAGUCUCGCUGGCACCGAGCAGACUGAGCGAGGACCAAGAAACAAAAGACGCCUGGGUCGCACUAAUGACGACAUAUCACAGCGCCGCCGCCUUGUACGCCAUCAACAGUCUCGCCGGCCUCGGGACCGCACCAAGAUCAAGCACUGUUUGGUCAGAACAAGUCUUAUCCCAUCUUGCAAGAAGGGAAUCAGCAGCAUAUAGCACCCUCGUUGCAAGCCUCCGCGUGCUCUUCACCCAAAGAAUCCAGCGGCAACCCUCGCAAGCCAACAACAACAACAAUAACAACACCCCAUCAAGUUCCAUUGCAAUCAGCGCGGGGCUGUUACACAAAUUCGUCAUCUGGCCAAUGGUCAUCGGCGGAAUACAAUCCGCCCUCAUCUACCACGACCAAGAAAUCACAAACUUCAUGUGCUCGGGGAUGCAAGCGGUCGGCGAAGAACUGGGCACGGUAAGCAUGAUAGACGGUGCUCGUCUCGUGGAAAAACUACAGCGGGAAGCGAAGCACGGUCGCAAGUUUUCGUCAUGGGACGAGCUGUUUGAGGGGGCACCCUUGUUCUUGAUGUGAUUAUACUCCGUACCAUCUUCCCUCAAGUAAAACCCAAGGGUCACCCAAGAAUCAAAUCGCGGGAUCCGGUCGGGAGCUUGGGGACCAUCCAGUGAUCCACCCCGCAAAAAGGGGAUUUGGGAUUUCAGGGUCUCGCCCAACCCCUCCGAGCAAUACCGGGUCAGACAGCCAAGCGUCGCCGAUGUUUUCGGGACGAUCGUCCGAAUUCUCUGCAUGCCUUUGAGUUGCAGCCGUUCGAGCCGCGGCCGAUCACUGCCGGUACCACCAAGAAUCUGAGACACGGAACGGCAUGCAGCGUUUGCAAUUUCUCACCAAAUUCCUGCGUUCAUCAAACGUGGCCGUCUGAUUUAGCAAUGCGCGAACAUCACAAAGUAGGGGCACUGAGAC